GCCACUUGCCAUCAGUUCCACGCAGAAAUUCGAAGGUGCUCCACACCGUGAAAGUAAUUCGCGAUAUUGAGAAAAAAAAUUAAAAGGAAUUCAAGUGAAACAAAAAUCACGUGAAAAGCGAAAAAAGAAGGAAAAAUAGGUGCGUGUAAAGCGGUGAAAUGAAAAGUGGUGCUGUCUUCGUGAGAUUUGUGAAUUUUUCACCAUCCUGCCGAAGAAGCUUCGCCUCCCUUCUAUUAGCCCACCAGGCGCCUCCACUGCGGGGUGGAUGGCCCCGAAAUGGGGCUACAAAAGGGAUUACUUCUUGCAUGGGUUUUCACACGUCCACCGGGCAGACAUUACGGAAGUCCGAAGAUACUCCUAUAUUGCCGCAGAAAAUUAAAAGUCGCACCGUGGCGUUUUAUGAUCCUGAGGAUACAGCCAAGAAUCACAGAGAUGCUGAGCAGAAGAACACCGAAGAUGUCCUCUUCGAUAUGUUCAGGAAUGAAGAGACAGGGAUGGUUCCAAUUGGAAAAUUCUUAGCGGCCCUAAGAACUUUUGGGAUCCGUAUGAAUGAUUCGAGGAUCAGUGAAAUGAUGGAAAAUCUGCGCAAAGUCCACAGAUUGUCGAAUUUCGAGGGUGGCUCACCGGAGACGCAGAACCUCAACAGGGAGACAUUUAAAGCAGUGGUGGCUGAGAAUAUCGUGCUAAUUGCCCGGGCAUUUAGACAUCAGUUCGUCAUCCCGGACUUCCAAGGUUUCUGCAAAGACAUCGAGGAGAUCUACUGGCGCUGCAAGAGCAACAUGGAUGGCAAAGUGGCCAGCUACAUCCCACAGUUGGCACGUGUCAACCCUGAUUACUGGGGCGUCAGUAUUUGCACAAUUGAUGGCCAGCGAUUUGGCAUUGGCGACGUUACGAUCCCCUUCACGCUUCAGAGCUGCAGCAAACCCCUCACGUAUGCCAUUGCACUGGAAAAGCUCGGCCAAGAGACGGUGCAUGAGUACGUUGGUCAGGAACCAAGUGGGAGGAAUUUCAAUGAACUCGUGCUGGACUACAACAAGAAACCACACAAUCCUAUGAUAAACGCUGGCGCUAUCCUCGUCUGCUCCCUGCUGAAGACUCUUGUCAAGCCCGAGAUGACCCUUGCGGAGAAAUUUGACUACACAAUGCAGUGGUUUAAACGAAUGUCCGGCGGAGAAAAUCUCGGCUUCAACAAUGCCGUCUUCCUAUCGGAACGUGAAGCUGCUGACAGAAACUACGCUCUUGGAUUCUAUAUGCGUGAACACAAAUGCUACCCAGACAAAACAAACCUCCGUGAGUGCAUGGACUUCUACUUCCAGUGCUGCUCCAUGGAAGCCACGUGCGAGAGUAUGUCAGUUGUUGGUGCAACACUUGCAAAUGGCGGCAUCUGCCCGACGACCGAAGAGAAGGUUUUGCGACCGGAAGUUGUUCGGGAUGUGCUGUCAUUGAUGCACUCCUGCGGUAUGUACGACUACUCUGGACAGUUUGCCUUCAAGGUUGGCCUACCGGCUAAAUCAGGCGUCAGUGGAGGCACUCUCGUUGUCAUUCCCAAUGUAAUGGGCAUCUUCUGCUGGUCACCACCACUCGAUCCUCUGGGCAAUAGCUGUCGGGGGUUGCAGUUCUCAGAGGAGAUUGUGUCAGCUUUUAAUUUCCACCGAUAUGAUAAUCUGAAACAUGCCACCAACAAGAAGGACCCACGGCGGCACAGAUAUGAAACCAAAGGACUUUCCAUUGUUAAUCUCCUCUUUUCAGCAGCCAGUGGCGAUGUUACAGCUCUCAGACGACACAAACUCUCAGGAAUGGAUAUCACAUUGUCAGACUACGACGGCAGGACAGCUCUGCAUUUGGCUGCUGCUGAGGGUCACAAGGAUUGUGUGAUGUUCCUCCUGGAGCAGUGUGGUGUCCCACAUGAUCCGCGCGAUCGUUGGGGUAAUAUGCCCAUCGAUGAGGCAGAAACAUUCGGUCAUCACGCCAUCGUGGAGUACCUCAGGGCGUGGGCUGAGAAGGUUGAACGGCAGAAGCUUGAGAAUGAUCAUCACAAGAAUGGUGAUGCCGAAGAACUUCAGCGAUCUCUGCCGAAAUAAGCUUCUCUUUUUCAAAGUGAAUUUUCUCUUUAUUUUUCAAAAGAGUUGUUGAUUUACUUGUUUUUUGCAUGGAAUCUCGGGGGAGGGAUGAAUGUUUUUUGUGCUAACAUUGUGCCAAUUCUAGGAUAUUGUCCGCACAGGGAAGAAGGAUGUUCCUCUCGGAGAGUACGACAAGAGCCCACAUUCGAGUCCACUGCCAACUGAUGACUCAGGCAGCCGUGGAUCAAUGCUCUAAAUUACAAAAUCUCAAUUAUAUCGGAUCAAAUUGUACUUACAGUGAUCUUAAAAUUAUACACGAAAAGACAAUAAAAUGUUUUCUUGCUUAAGA